GCCACGGUGUCCAGAAAGGGGCCAGCGGGGCUGCAGCCCGGGAAGGACGGGAGAGGCCCAGAGGCGAUCCGGCGGACCGAAGCUCUUGAGCGAGGAGGAGCCGGCCAACAUGGCAUCGGAGAGCGGGAAGCUGUGGGGUGGCCGGUUCGUGGGUGCAGUGGACCCCAUCAUGGAGAAAUUCAAUGCGUCCAUCGCCUACGACCGGAACCUGUGGGAAGUGGACGUGCAGGGCAGCAAAGCUUACAGCAGGGGCCUGGAGAAGGCGGGCCUCCUUACUAAGGCUGAGAUGGACCAGAUCCUGCGUGGCCUGGACAAGGUGGCUGAGGAGUGGGCGCAGGGCACCUUCAAACUGAACCCCAACGACGAGGACAUCCACACGGCUAAUGAGCGGCGCCUGAAGGAGCUCAUCGGGGAAACCGCAGGGAAGCUGCACACGGGACGCAGUCGGAAUGACCAGGUGGUCACGGACCUCAGGCUAUGGAUGAGGCAGACCUGCUCGAAACUCUCCACCCUCCUCUGGGAGCUCAUCAAAACUAUGGUGGAUCGGGCAGAGGCAGAACGUGACGUCCUAUUCCCGGGGUACACACACCUACAGAGGGCCCAGCCCAUUCGCUGGAGCCACUGGAUCCUGAGCCAUGCCGUGGCGCUGAGCCGAGACUCCGAGAGGCUACUGGAGGUGCAGAAGCGCAUCAGCGUCCUGCCCCUCGGGAGCGGGGCCAUUGCUGGUAAUCCUCUGGGAAUAGAUCGGGAGCUACUCCGAGCCGAACUGGGUCUUGGGGCCAUCACCCUCAACAGCAUGGAUGCUACCAGUGAGAGAGACUUCGUGGCUGAAUUCCUGUUCUGGGCCUCGCUGUGCAUGACGCACCUCAGCAAGGUGGCCGAGGACCUCAUCAUCUACGGUACCAAGGAAUUUGGCUUUGUGCAGCUCUCCGAUGCCUACAGCACCGGAAGCAGCUUGAUGCCCCAGAAGAAAAACCCCGACAGCCUGGAGCUGAUCCGCAGCAAGGCGGGGCGAGUGUUUGGGCGGUGUGCUGGGCUCCUGAUGACCCUCAAGGGACUUCCAAGCACUUACAACAAGGACUUACAGGAGGACAAGGAAGCCGUGUUUGAAGUGUCAGACACCAUGGGUGCUGUCCUGCAGGUGGCCACCGGCGUCAUCUCCACAUUGCAGAUUCACCGUGAGAACAUGGCACAGGCGCUUAGCCCUGACAUGCUGGCCACUGACCUAGCCUACUACCUGGUCCGCAAAGGGAUGCCGUUCCGCCAGGCACACGAGGCCUCUGGCAAAGCCGUGUUCAUGGCGGAGACCAAGGGGGUCGCCCUCAACCAGCUGUCCCUGCAGGAGCUGCAGAGCAUCAGCCCCCUGUUCUCAGGUGACGUGGGCCGUGUGUGGGACUACGGGAACAGUGUGGAGCAGUACAGCGCACUGGGCGGUACAGCGCGCUCCAGCGUCGACUGGCAGAUCAGCCAGCUGCGUGCUGUGCUACAGGCUCAGCAGGCCCAGACACCCCGCGGGGCUGCUCCCUAAUAAAGUGGGCCCAAG